AUGCCUCCAGCAUCAAUCCCUCCCUUCCUCCUCCCCCGAGGCCUCCCAACCGCCCGAACCCUCCGCACCCUCCAACAAACAACCGAACACACCAGCAACGGCCUGUCCACCUCCACCCGCCGCUGCUUCUCCGAGACUCGCAGCGUCGCCGCGCGACCCAAGAAGAUCACCGAUAAAUCGCGCGUGCUCUCCCAGCCGGACAAAUUCCGUCCUCCCUCGCACCCACAGCGUCUGGUGAAUCCCAGCCGUGUCUCGCCGACGGGCCAACCGGUCAAUUAUGGGCGGUCAUUGACAGCGGAGGAGCGCGCGGCGCAGGAUAAGAAGCAGUAUCCGAACAUGUUCCCGCCGGAGGGGACGGUGAUGUUCAAGUUUCUGACGUCGAGGUGGAUUCAUAUUUGGAUUGCGAUGGGCACCCUAACCACCCUCGCAACUUUCACCUUCACCACAAACUUCAAGGCAACUUCCCCCUUCGCCCACCUCCUCCCUUCCUGGUCAGACCUCUUCAAGCACCCGAUCGACACCCUCUCCCAAGCAAUGCACGUCUACCGCAUGCACGUGCAACACGAGUCCAUGCGCGUCCGUGAACAGCGCCACCGCCGUGUCGAAGACGCUGAGAAGCGCCGCCAGUACCGUAUCGCGCAUGGUCUGGAGGAGGCUCCUGAGAAGGAGGGUGCCACUCCUGCUCAGGCGGGUGAUGAUGGCCAGUCGCCCGCUGCGGUGGAUCUUGUCGCUGUUACACCCGCUGGAGAUGCGGCGGGUGUUGGGGGUGAGGAGUUUGUUGAUUGGGAGGGGAAGAAGAAGCCUGUGAAGAAGUGGCUUGGGAUUUGGUGA